UGUUUGGUCGUCAUCUCAAGUCUUUCUCCGCUUCGCUUUUUUAUCUCAUUCUCUCCAAUUCCAGUCGCAUCCUCUCUCUUUUCUUCUCCGACAACGAUUUCCAAAACUCGUCCAAACCUUGCAUCUGUUCGAAUGGGUCCUCGUGGUGGCUCCUCAGAGACGUCGUCGCUCGCUCCUGGUUUCCGAUUCCACCCAACGGACGAAGAACUCGUCCGUUACUACCUAAAACGCAAGAUCUGCAACAAACCCUUUAAGUUCGACGCGAUCUCCGUCACCCACGUGUACAAAUCCGAGCCGUGGGAUCUUCCAAGUCAGUCGAAGCUGAAGAGCAGAGACUUGGAGUGGUACUUCUUCAGUGUGCUCGAUAACAAAUACUCGAACGGGUCCAAGACGAACCGUGCGACGGAGAUGGGGUACUGGAAGACGACGGGGAAGGAUCGGGAGAUUCGUAAUGGGUCGAGAGUCGUUGGGAUGAAGAAGACUCUUGUUUAUCAUAAAGGUCGUGCUCCUCGUGGUGAGAGGAGUAAUUGGGUUAUGCAUGAGUAUCGUUUGGUUGAUGAUGAGAUUGUGAAAGCUGGUGUUCAGAAAGAUGCGUAUGUGCUUUGUAAGAUAUUCCAGAAGAGUGGGUCUGGUCCUAAAAAUGGAGAGCAGUAUGGUGCUCCGUUUGUUGAGGAAGAGUGGGAGGAGGAGGAUGGUAUGACUUUUGAGCCAAAUCAAGAUCCUGGAAGUCUUGAAGAUCAGGUUUAUGUUGACAUCCAUGACAUUGAUCAGAAGCUUGACGUCUAUGAUGCCAUUCCUAUACAUUUGGGAUUUGAUCAAGGGGAAUCCAGCAAUAAUGUUGAAACAAAUCACUCAGACACAACAAACUAUAUCCAACCAGGAAACUAUGUGCAUGACAACUUUGAAGGACCAGUGGACCUUUCAGAGGAAGAACAACAGCUUAUCAUCCGUGAUGCAUUGUUUCCAGAUGAAGAAAAUGGAUGUGGCGUCAAGGACGAGAUCACGGCGAACUUGCAAUCUUGUGACAACAUCUUCGAAACCGAUGCAUCACUCUACAAUGAUUUUCCUGUUGAGGGUAACUACUUUACCGGUGAGGAGUUUCUGGACCCGAACGAUGGUCUGUACCUAGAGACGAAUGAUCUCAACAGUACUGAGCAAGAUGGUUUCAACUUUGAAGAUUAUCUCACCUUCUUUGAUGAGGAUGACCAAAACUUGACUUUUGAUCCUUCUCAACUGAUGGGAACUGGAGAUGUGAUUCCCGAUCAAGAAGAGCUCUUUCAAAUGGCUGAGACCAAGGAACUGGAGAAAGAGGAAGCCUCAGGAGGCAAACACGUGGUGGAAGAAAAGGAGAAUGAUGAAGCAUGUUGUUCGAAACAAGUCAAUGCGGACACAACAGAGUUUGAGCCAGAUUACAAGAACUCGGUGCUCAAGAAGGCGAGCCACAUGUUUGGUGCUAUUCCCACUCCAACUGAAUUUGUUUCAGAGAUCCUCACCAAGGAUGGAGUUGUCCGGCUACAAGCAGGACAGUCAUCAGGUUCGGUUCACGUAAGUAUGAUCACAGUAUCAGACAGCAACAUGGGUUGGUCAUACAGCAAAAACGGGGACCUUUGUUUCGGUAUGGUCCAAGAGAAUGUGCCAGGAAAAUCAGAAAAUAAUUUAACAAGAGUGAUGCUAAUCUUCAUAUGCUUCUGGGUCCUAGUGCUCUCGGUUAGCUUCAAAAUAAGCACCUUGGUUUCUUCUCGGUGAUAAUAAGUACCACUUUUAAAAAAAGACAGACCUUUUGUGUGUUGAACACAUUGAUUGUGAUAUAGGUUUUACUUGUAGUCUUCUUCCGCAACUCAAUGAUUCUAUAUCUCAAGACAUAUAAAAAUAAUGUAUAUGUAUCAGAGUUCAAAAUUA